CUGGCCCCACAAUUGCUGAUUCCGUCGUCGCUCCAGUCUUCACAAUGAAUCCAAAAAUAUUCUUGGCCGAAGAAUCUGACGUUUUGAAAAUUCGCUUUCAGGUCCGGUGGGUUCCCGGCCCGUAUUUGAAACCUCCCCUUCGCACGCACAGAACGCAGUCUCGCCAGAGCUAGGCUCUCUCGUUUCCUAACACAAUGGGGAAAGACGAGAGCUCGGAGAAAACACUUGAGCUUUUCUUGAAGAUUGGACUGGAUGAGCGAACUGCGCAAAACACUGUCGCAAACAAGAAGGUCACCGGUAAUCUCACUACCGUUAUUACCGAGGCUGGUGUCAGCGAUGGAUGCUCCCGGACAACUGGAAAUCUACUAUACACGGUUGCUACAAAGUUCCCAGCUAAUGCACUUGUACAUCGCCGAACUUUGUUGCAGUACAUUGUAUCCUCGAAGAUUAAAACUCCAGCACAGCUAGAUGCAGCAUUUUCAUUUUUUUUGGGUAUUGGUCCCGAAAAUUUAAAGCUGGAUGAAUUUGAAGAAUCAUGUGGUGUAGGGGUUGAAGUUUCGGCAGAAGAAAUUGAAAGGACUGUCAAUGAAAUAUUUGAAGAGAAAAGGAAAGCAAUUUUGGAGCACCGUUAUCGGACAAAUGUGGGUGAUUUAUUCAGCCUCUUUCGUAAGAGGCAUCCUUGGGCAGAUCCAAAGAUUGUCAAGCAUCUCAUAGAUGCAAAAUUAAAAGAAUUACUAGGUGAAAGGACUGAAGCUGACAAUGAAAAACCUUCCAAAAAAAAGAAGGAAAAGCCUGCUAAAGUUGAGGAGAAAACAGUUGCUGAUAUUGCUCCAGCACCGCUGUCUGAGGAAGACCUUAAUCCUUUUCUGAUAUUCCCUCAACCAGAGGAAAACUAUAAGGUUCAUACAGAAGUAUUUUUCAGUGAUGGCUUUGUGCUGAGGUGUAGCAAUACGAGGGAAUUGUUGGACAAGCACUUAAAAGCAACAGGGGGAAAGGUUUUCACUCGUUUCCCACCCGAACCAAAUGGAUAUUUGCAUAUUGGUCAUGCUAAGGCAAUGUUUGUUGACUUUGGCCUGGCAAAGGAGAGAGGUGGACAUUGCUACCUGAGGUUUGAUGAUACUAACCCCGAAGCUGAAAAGAAAGAGUACAUUGAUCAUAUUGAAGAAAUUGUCCAGUGGAUGGGUUGGGAGCCUUACAAGAUUACAUACACAAGUGACUAUUUCCAAGAUCUAUAUGAAUAUGCUGUAGACCUGAUACGAAGGGGUCAUGCUUAUGUUGACCAUCAGAGCCCUGAGGAGAUCAAGGAGUACAGGGAGAAGAAGAUGAAUAGUCCUUGGAGGGAUAGACCAAUCAAAGAAUCUUUGAAUCUUUUUGAAGAAAUGAGGCAAGGCAUGAUCGAGGAGGGCAAAGCAACACUCAGAAUGAAGCAAGACAUGCAGAGUGAUAACUACAACAUGUAUGACCUCAUUGCUUAUCGGAUCAAGUUUACUCCUCAUCCACAUGCAGGGGACAAGUGGUGUAUAUAUCCGAGUUAUGAUUAUGCGCACUGCAUCGUUGAUUCUAUUGAGAAUGUCACACAUUCGCUCUGUACUCUUGAAUUUGAGACACGACGCGCUUCAUACUACUGGUUAUUACAUGCACUGGGCAUUUACCAACCUUUUGUGUGGGAGUACUCAAGACUGAAUGUCACCAAUACUGUCAUGUCUAAGCGAAAGCUAAAUCUUUUGGUGACCAACAAUUAUGUUGAUGGUUGGGAUGACCCUCGUCUUAUGACUUUGGCCGGUUUACGACGUAGGGGUGUGACUUCAACUUCAAUCAAUGCUUUUGUUCGAGGAAUUGGAAUUACUAGGAGUGAUUGUAGUCUGAUACGUUUGGACCGUCUUGAAUAUCACAUAAGGGAAGAGCUAAACAAAACAGCACCUCGCACAAUGGUCGUGCUACAUCCUCUCAAGGUAGUCAUUACCAAUCUAGAAUCCGGCAAUAUUAGGGAUCUUGAUGCAAAGAAAUGGCCUGAUGCUCAAGCAGAGGAUGCAACUUACAAGGUACCCUUUUCUAAUAUCAUAUACAUUGAGCACUCUGAUUUCCGGAUGAAAGAUUCAAAAGAUUAUUAUGGGCUUGCUCCUGGUAAAUCUGUCCUGCUCAGGUAUGCUUUUCCAAUAAAGUGUACAAAUGUAGUAUUUUCUGAGAAUAAAGAGACUGUUCUUGAGAUCCAUGCCGAGUAUGAUCCUUCCAAAAGUACAAAGCCUAAGGGGGUACUUCACUGGGUUGCUGAACCUUCACCUGGGUCUGAUCCACUAAAGGUGGAAGUCAGAUUGUUUGAAAAACUUUUUAAUUCGGAGAAUCCUGCUGAACUAGAUGAUUGGCUUGCUGAUCUGAAUCCAGCGUCAAAGGUCAUAGUACCUGAUGCAUAUGCCUUGCCAUCACUAAAGAGUGCUGCUGUUGGGGACAGCUAUCAGUUUGAGAGGCUUGGCUACUUUGUUGUUGAUAAGGACUCAACUUCGGAGAAACUCGUCUUCAAUCGAACAGUUACCCUGCGAGAUAGUUAUGGCAAGGGUGGAAGGUAGCUCCAUGCACAAGGAAGCUGAGCUUGAGUCAUACAAGUGGUAAGUAGCAAUACUUAUGUUUUAUCAUACAGUGUAUUUAACAUUAAGAAAGUCAUUCAAAACUUCUAUUACGACAGACUUUGUGUUUGCACUCUCGAUCAGUUUGUACAAGAACCAUUUAAAUCUUAUAUGUGGAUGUAGUUUUCAAGGUGUCUGGAAAAAAUUUACCAGCUUCUUAGAAGCUCAUGAGAA